AUGGAUCCAGCGACCCCCGCAACAUCUUUGUGCAGGGAUCCAGCGAGCACGCCAUGGCGUCCACCACAUGCAAAGGAAGAUGAAGGAGGGCGGCGGAGAAGACACAGGCAUGAAGGUCAUAUUGUAGGAGUCAGGCAGAUCGCCGCUUCGGCCUUGGGCAUGUCGUCGACGGUGCUGUGGGAGACCCACAUCGAGAACCUGGAUGGAUUGCUCGCGCUCGAGGCGUUGAACUUCUUUUGCUCGAGCUGGAUGGUUGGGCCGCCGGCGCGGGCAUGGCCAGGGGCAGAACAUGGAGGAGGCAUGGGUGGGGCAGAGCCAGGAGGCCGCGUCCACGGCAAGUCUAGAUGCUCGUUGGGGGAAGCGCCGGAGGAGGAGCAUCGGGGAGGAGUGGUUCAACGGGGGGUGGAGCAGCGCCGGCCCACAGUGGUGCGGCGGCGCGCUGGGAGAAGAGGACGCGAUGCUCCACAGUGGGUCUCAGAUUUUAUAGAUGGACAUACUGAUUCAUGGACUAAAGAAAAAGAGAUGAAACAUUUCCAGCCACCGGACGCUCAACUGAUACUUAACAUUCCUUUAAGCUCACGGAACAUUGAUGACUGCCCGGCCUGGCACUAUGAGCGGAUCGACAUGUUCACUAUGAGGUUUGAUCAAAGGAUGCUCAUUGAUAUGAAGCGCGGACAUGAGGAUUGGCUAGAAGAGAAACCAUAA